UUGUGAUUCUCAUUAUUUAUACACGUGUUAUCUACUGUGCGAAAUUUAUGAUGUAUUUACAUAAAAGAAAAAAUAUUUACAUUCAUAUCUAAAUUUUAUCAAAUUUCUGAAUAAUAAUAUUUUAAUUAAUUCAUUUCAUAAUUAUAUAAACAAAAGGGACAAAUGCUUCGUUCAAAGAUAUUUUCUCUUUCGCAUAUAAACAACAUAGCCAGAAAUUCAUAUAAUGCUGGAUACACAAAAUUAUUACGGAAUACAUUAUUUUCAACUAAUAUUCUACAUGAAAAUUCAAGUGAUGUUUCAAAUGUAACUGAAAACUUAGCUAAAACUUCACAGGAAUCUGAGAAUUUAAGUGAAAAAUUAAAAGAAUCCAAAACUUCAAUUAAGAGUGCACCUGAGAAUUUAAUAGAAGCUUCAGAUGGAAAUACUUCAUCUGUUUCCACAGAAGUUGAUAAACUGUACAAGAAGUUGGAAAUCGAAGUCAGAGGAAAUGAUGCUGCUGUUCUCAAAAGCUAUGGAGAAUUCGCUGUUAUGGCAGCAAAUCAUUUAGAUAUAAUUGUUGGCAGGCAUGUUGCAAUUAGAAAACCUGUAUUUGAAAGAUUAACAGUACUUAAGUCUGUCCACGUUCAUAAGAAACAUCGAGUUCAAUAUGAAACAAGAACAUAUUAUAGAUAUCUUGAUCUUUUUAAUUUGACUGGCUCAACUGCAGACACAUAUUUAGAAUACAUAGAGAGAAAUUUGCCAGAAGGAGUGGCAAUGAAAAUUACAAAGGUAGAAUUACAAACCUUACCAGAAACAGUUCAACAAGCUCAGUCUUCACAAUAAUAAACAAUUUGUUAUGUUUGACAUAUUAAUUUUGUUUUUUCGAUGAUGACAUUAACAAUAAACAUAAUUACAAUA